AUUUCGUGGCAGGACCAGGCAAAGUUACUCUGGCCGUGGUCGCUCUUCUACUACAGGAUCUAAGGUGCCUUUUUUAGGCGCGAACAAGGGAAGGUUUCCCCAGAAGCAUCGUUAACAAAAAUCAACAAUAUGCAUGUUAGUGGACAAACCACGCUACUUCAAAGCAACAAAGAAAACGCUUACAAAUCCAUCAAUGGAAAUGGAAGCUCAACCUCUGAAGGUAACUUUAAUGGUAUUCAAAGUGUCAGGCAAUCCCUCAUUGAGUAUGGGUUUUCGGAGCAAGUUGCCAAUGUCAUCUUGUCCUCAUGGAGGAAGAACACUAUUAAGCAAUACAAUGUGUUCCUCGCCAAGUGGUCAACAUUUUGUUUAUCAAGACAAAGUGAUUCCAUGCGAUCCCCUAUUUCAUUGAUUUUGGAAUUUCUACAUGAUUUAUACUUAAAAGGCUACAGUUAUUCAUCGCUGAACACUGCAAGAUCAGCUAUUUCAGCACUUUACACAAUUUCUAGUAUGGUGGGAGACCAGCAUAAUGUAGGAAAGCACCCAUUAAUCUGUCGUUUUCUCAAAGGUGUUUUUAAUGAAACUCCUCCUAAGCCCAAAUUUCAGGAGGUGUGGCCGGUAGAGCAAGUACUCGAGUAUUUAGAGCAACUAAUGCCACUUCAUGCAUUAACAUUAAAAGACUUGACAAUAAAAUUGGUCAUGUUGAUAGCUUUAGUAAGCGGACAGAGGUGUCAAACCUUACAGUGUUUAGACAUUUCAGAGAGUCACAUGCGGAAAUUMUCUAAUUAUUUUUGUUUUUCGUUAUUGGAACACCUUAAACAGGACAGGCCUGGACGUGUGUUCGGAAAUGUUCGUUUGUAUCAAUAUACAGACGAGAAUUUGUGUGGUUACAGGACAUUGGAACAUUAUAUUAAAGUUACUCAGACAUUACGUACGUCAUCUAGAUUGUUUAUAUCCUACAUCAGGCCUCAUGGUGAGGUGUCGUGUGCUACAAUAGGAAGAUGGCUCAAGUUGUGUCUUGAUCAAGCUAAUAUUGAUGUUAAAGUUUAUCAAGCUCAUAGCACGAGAAGUGCAUCUACUUCUAAAGCAGCUCAACAGAUCCCAAUUGAUGUCGUCAUGAAACAUGCKGGUUGGGCACAAGAAUCCACAUUCAGGAAAUUCUAUGAUCGACCAACAGCGAUCACAGAUCAAAUGAGUAAAGCUGUGUUGAAAAGAGCUGACAAAUAAAGUGUUUAYCAUAAAUAGUGUCAGUGUGAUGGUAUUGUGUGUAGCAUGGGCAUUUAGGGCUCACAACUUUGAAGUCUCAUGGUAACCCGGAUGUACGUAAUGAUUUGAUAGAAUUAUAAAAUUAAACGAGAMUUACCUUGGAAGUUGAAGUUUGAUGGUAGUUCUAUCAAAUCAUUUGUARUACAUCGGGUUAACAUGCCCAUCCCCUUAGCGUUCUUUGCAUUCCCUCCCAUUGAUUAUACUGUGCUAUUAUCUUACUGUUCGCCCGAAAUGCUUUAAAGUACUGAGUCACGGCG